CCUCACUGGUCAUUCUCGGAUGUUGUACUGGAAUCUCCUCCGUAGACACUUCCUGUACCGUUGUUGGGUGGGAUAGCGGAAGCGUUCACAAUAAAUCUUCCCUGCCACAUUUGGGACAUAUUUUACCAAAAUGCCGGCUUACCACUCAAACCUGAUGGAUGCAGACACUAAAAUGGUGGGGAAUAUGGCAUUACUGCCUCUCAAAACACAGUUUAAGGGUCCUGCUGCUAAAGAAACUAAAGACACAGAUAUUAUCGAUGAGGCCAUCUACUACUUCAAAGCCAAUGUUUUCUUCAAGAACUAUGAAAUUAAGAACGAGGCUGACCGAACUUUGAUCUACACUACUCUUUACAUCUCUGAAUGCCUCAAGAAGCUCCAAAAGUGUAGUUCAAGGGGCCAAGGAGAGAAAGAGAUGUACACACUGGGAAUUACCAACUUCCCGAUCCCUGGAGAACCUGGCUUUCCCCUGAAUGCAAUGUAUGCUAAACCCUGCAACAAACAGGAGGAAGAAACAAUGAGGGCUUACCUGCAACAAAUUCGACAGGAGACAGGACUGAGAUUGUGUGACCGUGUGUUUGACCCUCAGACAGACAAACCAAGCAAAUGGUGGGUGUGCUUUGUAAAGAAACAGUUCAUGAACAAAAGUCUGUCUGCACCUGGCCAGUAAGAAACAUCUCAGGAUCUCUCUUGGGAAGCGAAUGGCAUUUUUCUUUGAUGUCUGUUUUUGUUUUUUCUUCAAUGUGUGCGACUGUGUUCAACCAGAUUCUGUAGAAGAUAAUUUUUUUACUUGUGAUGUCAUACAUAAUGUAAAAUAGGAGCAGAUCAAAUAAAAUCUGUUAAAGACAAAGUGUCUCUUGCCAUGAA